AUGGUUGCGCUACAGCCUACGUCGCUGCAUCCUGGAUCAGGCGGAUUCGAUGCGGCUCCACGAUCAUGUCCGGCUUCUCAUCAGAAGAUUGUGGAGUCAGCUGCAGGUGUACAGGUGUACGGACGACCGUUAAAGACUUUUGUGCAACAACUCGACAUAGAAAUAGCGGCGGCGGAUCUGUUCCGGUACUUUGUCUUAUCUAUAAUACGGAAAGCUCUGCUAUACCUUAAGCUACGUAAUUACAUAUUUCUAGAAAUGUGUAUUAUGUUUUAA